AUGACGCGUCUAGCCAUAGAUCUGUGGAAGAGUCGUUGGGUCACGUUGCGGAAGCCGUCCCCAGUCGCAGACUGCCUCUCUCUCCUGGUCUACCGGGAUAAGUCCGAUAAGGUCAGGGGUCGUCGUGAGCGGCUGCAGAUGACCUUGGAGGGGAUCUGUGGAGUGGAGCCGGGGUUGGGGUACGACGGGGUGGCCUACACCCUCACCGUCCUCUGUCUGGGACACACAGUGGGACUGGGCUUCGACAGCAGAGAGGGGCUGGCGGCAUGGGACGCUAGGCUGAGAUACAGCCUGGGAGAAGUCCACAGGUUCAGUGUAGGCGUUCAGCCAGGAACUAAGCUAGAGAGUGGUCCCGCCUCCCUGCACCUGUGCAACAACAUAUUGGUCCUCACUAGGGACCUCCCCCCGGCCGUGAUUGGCCAGUGGAAGCUGUCAGACCUGCGUCGCUACGGCGACGUGCCCAAUGGCUUUGUGUUUGAGGGCGGCACUAGAUGUGGAUACUGGGCUGGUGUAUUCUUCUUGUCCUGUUCAGAAGGAGAACAGAUCAGUUUCCUGUUUGACUGUAUAGUCAGAGGCAUCUCUCCUAGUAGAGCACCUAGUGGCCUCAGACCUAACCUACCAGAUCCCAGUGCUAGCCGGUCCUCCUCAGAGGACAGGAUCAACCAUGAAGCAUCGGAACUAGAGAGAAGACUCAGUAUGCUGUCCCACAGCAGUAGACAGAGCAGUACAGCCUCCACCUCCAGUUACAGCACCUCCGUUGCCGGGGACGACCGCAGCAGUAUCUCUUCCUCCUCCUCCAGCCAAUCAGACGCCAGCUACGGAAGCCACUUCCCUUUAUGGCCAGAGCCAAAACGCCCCACUUCCUCAACCGAGACCCUGUCGGCCCCUCCCACUGCGAGGUCAUCGACCAAUCUGGACGAGGAUCUCUAUAAUGCUGUCAUGAACCGCCCUCCUUUCAAACCGCCUUCCCACUCUCGCAGUCUCCACGACAGCGGGCGCCAAAGCUCAUUGGACAGCGGGAUAGGCAUCGCCACGGCCAGCAGCCAAUCGUCUUACUCUGGGAGCUUCUCUUCCUGUACGGGCAGCCUGGACACAGCCAGUCAAGGAGGAGGGGAGGAGUUUGGGUCUGUCCUUAGUCUACCUCCCCCUCUUCUCUCUCUACCUCCUCUUUCUCUACCUCCCCCUCCUCCCUCUCCUCUUCCUCCACCCAUUCUACCUCUUCCACCUCCUCCUCUGUCCUUAAAGACCCCUGAGCCCGGCCCUCUCCCACCCCCUACUCCCUGCUCCUGCCCCCCGUCUUGCUCCUCCUCCUCCUCCAGGACUAGUGGUUAUAGCUCUGGCGCCCCCCGGUGGCAGAGUGAGGAGUACCAGGCACCCAGCCUUCUCAGACUACAGUACGACAGCCCCAGGAACCUCCUGCACACCCUGGCCUUCAGGGAUCCUCCACCCCAGGGAGGAGCACCCGAACUGGGCAGGGACAAGCGGCUCUGUGGGGAUGGAGGUCAAGGACAGAUCCAGGGGUGUCCUUCCCUCUCCUCCACACCCACUGAGGCUUCUCUCCAGCGGGUAGGCACCCCGAGGCAGGCCCCUGUAGAACGGCCCCUGUCCUGGAGCAGGGAGAGAGCGCCCCCGGUGGACAGUGGUGAUCGGUGCAGCAUCAUGUCCGCUAGGCUCACACCCAGACCUCUGCUGUUCCCUGGCUGUCCAGUGUGUGGAGGAACACAGAGUCAUCAUCCCUGUAUAGAUCACAACUACAUUACCCAUGAGCAAUGGUUCUCAGCUAGAAAGAGAUAUGUUACGCAG